ACAGCAAGAAAAAUCCAUUUGGAAUAAGGAAAACGUCUGCAUGGAGUUCCACGAAAACCACGGGCACAAUGUCCAGCUUCUGAAUGGUGGUUUCUCUGCUAGACGAAUGUCCGGCUACAACAAAGGUCUAGUCGUCUGUAGUAAGCCGUUACCAAGAGGACAGCUAUUCCAGGUAAGGAUUGACAAGUUAGACCUGAAGUGGACCUCCUCUCUCCGAAUCGGAGUCACGACACAAUCCCCGGAGAAACUUCAUUUUCCAUCUUCAUCUCUCGGUCUCCAGAAAUCUGCAUGGAUUAUAAGUGAAGACUUUGUCUUCUUUGGUGGAAUUAAGGUUAAAAGUCAUUAUGGUCCUAACCUUGACAGUCUACAUUUCUGCCACUUUGUGGGGGUGAUGGUAGACUCGGAGAACAGGCUACACCUUUACGUUAACGGUAUCGACCAGGGGAUUGCUGCAACUGACAUCCCACCUGUUUGCUAUGGGUUGGUUGAUAUUUACGGUCAGUGUGAACAGGUGAUGAUUGUGAACUCAAAUGAUGAUCAGAAUCAUCGGGUCGAGUAUAAAGAAAAGGCAGAUAAAGAUACAGGUGUAAAGGAGAAAAAGAAGAAAAGCCAAACAAUAGAGAAGUCGGUGAUAAAAAACUGCGAAUAUCAGAACACGUGCUCCAGGUUUUUAGCCACCUUGGGGCUGCCAGGUAAAGUAUUACCGUGGAGUAGUUAUUUCUCCUUACAAGACUGCAAGUAUCAGAACACAUGCUCCAGGUUUUUAGCCACCUUGGGGCUGCCAGUGGGAUACUUUGUAUCCGAACAUAACGUAUGUUUCUGUGAGGCGUGUCAUAAGAUCAGAGCUGAUGAACCUUACUUUAAGAAAGGAGAUCCUCCCAGAGAAUAUGCUCUCCCUUUCGGUUGGUGUCGCUUCUCCCUUAGGUUGCCUAACAAAGUGGAUCCAUAUAAUAUUCAAGAUUGGCACAUAGCUUUUCAUGGAACUCGACUGGGAGCUGUUCGAAGGAUUCUGGAUAGAGGGGAACUCCUUCCUCCAGAUGGAAUAAGUCUUGGAUCAGGUGGUAAGUCAGGAAAAGCAGAUAACCAUUCUCAACAAGUCAUGCUUUCUCCUACGGUGAGGUAUGCAGGGUGUGCUACCUUCGCUCCACGACACGAAUUUAACGACUCCAAGACUCAGAAAAUUCUUCAGGCUCGAGUAGCCUUUCAAGUGUACGUUAGACCCGGCUCGUAUACAUCUGGCCCCCAGCGACUUGGAGCCGUAGAACCGAUUGAUCUUCGUUUCAGCAACAGUGAGCUCGAGUGGCUUACAAAGGAGCAAAAUUCAACCGUUCUACACUCUGUUCUAGUAAGAUUAGAAGGACUCUAGAAAAAAAAAAUGGUAUUUUGAUCAUAUUGCAUAUACUGUUAAUGCGAUUUUAAACAGCGUAAUAUGGAAACUUCCAUUUAGACAUUGUACAGAUUUUCUAUUGUGUUUUGUAACUUAUUUGUUAUUUAUUCAGUAUUAUUUUCCUUACAAGUUUUCAUCUGGUCAACUUUAUGAGUAAGUAGACAAUUCUAUACAUUAACAUUACUAAUGAAAAUAUUUCCCAAAGAAUAACGCACUUUCAGGUCAUUCUUAUUCUGUUGACGUUUUGCUUCAAAAUUACGUACAUUAUUGUACCUAAAAUACUCGUGUCACACUAUGAUCGAAGACAUUAGUCUCUUCUGUAAAUAUUACUGAAAGUAUACAAGACAUUAUGUACAAUCAUUACCCACUAAGUUGUGAUGUGUUUUGUUUUUUUUUAUUUAUGUAGAUAUAUAAAAUAGA